UAAAAAAGAGUAUUUUUUAUACUUAGAUUCAUUUUUCCAUAAGGGAUUUAUGUCGAAUUUUAUUGCCUGGAUACCUCAAUAAGGGAGAAUCGUCAUUUCUCUCAGAGUUGGGAUGUGGGCUGACAGACUUUUCAGGGUGGGGGCCGAUAAGGAGGGUGUCGAAAAUAGAUAUAUAUGUUAAGGAUUUUAAGGAUGCCAACACAUAAAGUCUUGCCUAUCUACCAAAAGAAUAGGGCUUACCAAAGGAAUAGUCGUCUACACGAUAUCAUCUAUCAUCUACCUCCUGACGCUAUCAUCUACACGAUAUCGUCUACCUUCUGUCGCAGUCAUCUACACGAUAUCGCCUAUCUCUUGAAGCUGUCGUCUACCACGUUAUCGUCUACCUCCACAAACGCUAUCGUCUAUCUUUGAUGCUAUCGUUUACCUUGUCUAAGUGCUAUCGUCUGCAGCGUGAGUCAAGCCAUAUCCUUCAACUUCACAUUCUAACUUGGUAUCAGAGCAAAUAAUGACCAACUCAAUCAAGGAAACCUGGGAGCCACCCUUGGCACAGCCAACUUCAGCGGCCCACCCUUGAACCAACUUUUCAAUCAGAUAACCUCCAUUAAACUUGAUCGCAGCAAUUUCCUCCUAUGAAAAAACUUAGCACUUCCAAUCCUUCGGAGUUAUCGACUCGAAGGACACCUGACCGGACAAAAAGUUUGUCCCCCCAAUGUUUCUGCAAUCUGCAAUCGGUGAGAGCAUACCGAUUGGAUCGACUGGAGCAGGAGCUGCUCCACGCAGCAUAAAAGGAAGCUCCGGUAGUGGUGCUUCCAGUUCGUUGACAGCACUUGAGGUAAAUCCUCAAUAUGAAUCGUGGAUGGCUGUAGAUCAACUUCUCCUCGGUUGGCUGUAUAACUCCAUGACACCAGAGGUUGCCAUUCAAGUGAUGGGAUGUGAAUGUGCAAAGGAUCUAUGGACCAGCAUUCCACAACUCUUUGGUGUUCAGUCCAGAGUUGAAGAAGAUUAUUUGAGACAUGUGUUUCAAACAACCAGAAAAGGUAAUUUGAAAAUGGAAGAGUACCUUCAAACUAUGAAAAUGAAUACUGACAAUCUCGAGCAAGCUGGUAGUCCUAUGCCACCAAGAACUCUUGUUUCACAGGUACUACUAGGACUUGAUGAAGAAUACAAUGCCAUCGUGGCCAUGAUCCAAGGGAGAGUGGACAUGUCGUGGCUUGAUAUGCAGUCAGAACUUCUCCUGUAUGAAAGGAGAUUGGAACAUCAGUCAAACCAAAAGACGACAGUAGGUUUCAACCAAAUCAGUAAUGCAUCAGUGAAUAUGACAAACACUAGACAUGUCAACCAAAACAACAAGACCAAUAGCAGCAAUCAGUCUAUUGGGGGAGGACAACGAGGUGGUGGUGGUCAUGGCAGAGGUCGAGGCAGGGGAAGAAACAACAAAAAACCUGUGUGUCAAGUCUGUGGGAAGGUGGGACACAUAGCGUUCUACUGCUUCAACAGGUAUAGCAGAGAUUUUGUUCCCAAUUCUCCUCAAAACAAGGUAGAACCCUUCCCUAACAAUCAGACGAAAAACACACAACCUCACCCAACAGCCCUAGCCAUUGCUUAUGGAAGUAACCCCUUUCUGACAAGACAAGAAAACAUGACUGAUGCAAAUUGGUAUGACAGUGGUGCCUCCAAUCAUGUUACCUCAGACUUCAACAAUCUUGGCAAUCCGAUUGAAUACUCAGGUACUGGUAAUACUCUGGUAAUUUCUCAUGUUGGAACUGUAUGUCUGUCUAGUGAUGCCUGCAAUUUGAAAUUGAAUGAUAUGUUGUGUGCCUGCCAUAGCAAAAAAUUUGGUCAGUAUAUCUAAGCUAACAAAAGACAAUAACGUGUUUAUUGAAUUUCACAUGAAUUACUGUCUUGUUAAGGACAAGCGUACGAGACAAACGGUAAUAAAGGGAAUGCUUAAAGAUGGAUUGUAUCAGUUAGAGGGUGCAGAAGUCAACUCGAAAUCAGUAGGAAACGGAGUACCAUCGCAACUAGUGCACAAGAAUAAAGAUCUGUCUGCUCUUAGCAUAUCUUCGAAGCAUAGGGUGUCUAAGGUUACAUGGCAUAGAAGGCUUGGCCAUCCUUUGUCAAAAACUCUAUAGUUUAUUAUCAAAAGUUGUAAUCUCCCUAUGUUAUCUAAUGAAGAGCUCAACUUUUGUGAUUCUUGUAGCUAUGGAAAAUCGCAUUCUUUAGCCUUCUCUAACUCUAACUCAGGAGUAUCUACAACCUUUGAACUUAUACAUACUGAUUUGUGGGGUCCAACUCCUCUCUUGUCAACAGAUGGGUACAAAUAUUAUGCUAUCUUUGUUGAUGAUCACAGCAGGUACACAUGGAUCUAUCCUCUGAGGUUAAAAAGUGACACACUGGCAGCUUUUCAACACGUUCUCACCAUGGUACAAACUCAGUUCAAUACACUGAUCAAGUCUCUACAGUCGGAUAAUGGUGGAGAAUUUGUCAAGAUACACAAGGUCUGUCAUCAGAUUGGCAUUGCUUCCAGAUACACCUGUCCAUAUACGUCAGCACAAAAUGGAAGGGCUGAGAGGAAGCACAGAC